UAGUCAAUGUAGCUUAAUUUGAUUUGAUUUCGAUAGGUGUGGUUUAAAAACCGAAGAGCGAAGUGGAGGCGACAAAAAAGAACAGCAUUUAGUGUGCGAAACCUGGAAAACUAGAAGAUUAUGCCGGAUAUGUCCAUCGUGAAGACAUUUUUGGAUACUUUGCAUCCAAUGCAAUAAUGAGGCUAGAUUAAUUCUAAAAACGCCAGACAUUUCUGGUGACGUCACGCGUGUACAUUCUCCCAAUGACGUUCCUUGAUUAGCAAAACGUCAACUAAGAACUAUUGAUAUAACUACGUGAAUUAAAUUAAGGUAUUCAUACGCUUCUAUUUUCAGAGACUCUUUAGUUUAUAACGGGAUUGUUUACAUUCAGCAAGGUUUUGUUUGGCUUGCUAGCUAACAGAGAAGUCAAGGCCACCAGAGACCAUUUCGCUAACUUCUUCUAGCGACCGACAAUGGAAGGAUUUGGAAAGGCGCUGAUGUCUGGAACCCUUGUCCCAGCUAAUCCUGUCACAACAGUUGCUCUUCGACAGCCACCCGAGGAAACAAAGAAAACAAACCGAAAAGUUCUCGAUGAAGAAAACUACAUAGAGAGUUUAGAGAAGAUCAUCCAGAGGGACUUUUUCCCAGAUGUGACCAAGUUACAUGCACAGAAGGACUACCUCGAAGCUGAGGAAAAUGGGGAUCUUGGGAAGAUGAGGGAAAUAUCCAUUAAGUAUGGGUCAUCUUUAGCCAAGUCCACACCACGCUCCACUGCCCCAUAUGUUACUCCAGCUUCCUUUGAGACACCAGAGGGUCGUCCUGGGUCUCCCUCUUCUGUACUGGGCAAAAACAAGAAAGGAACAGACGUGGUGAACAAGGAAGGAGAUGAGGAAGAGAAAGAGCUGCCCUGUCUUGAUCGCUUCUUGGCUAAGAACACAAGCGAGGAUAAUGCAUCCUUUGAGCAGAUCAUGGUUCUGGCAGAAGACAAGGAAAAGUUGAGGCAUGCGUGGCUGUAUGAGGCAGAGGCUGAAUUUAAACAGCGGCAUGAAGAAAACCUUGCACUUCCUUCAUCUGAGAAGCAGGCCCUUGAGUGUGUAAAGGCAGGACUGGAGACCUGGGAGUACAAAGCAAAGAAUGCCCUUAUGUACUAUCCAGAGGGUGUCCAAGAUGAUGACACACUCUUCAAGAAACCCAGGGAGGUGAUUCACAAGAACACUCGCUUUGUGGUAGACCCCUUCAGCAAAGCCCUUAACAAAUGCCAGCUUCAACAGGCUGCAGCCCUCAAUGCACAGUUCAAACAGGGUAAAGUAGGCCCAGAUGGCAAAGAACUUAAUGCCCAGGAUUCCCCUAACGUGAAUGGAUAUGGGUUUGAAGGAACUCCCUGCCCUUCCCCAGGUAUGGCUGAGUCCCCCCUGAUGACCUGGGGUGAGAUAGAGAGCACCCCCUUUCGCCUGGAUGGGUCUGACUCACCGUUUCAAGAGAGGAACAUCGGCCCAUCAUUUAAGAUUCCAGAACCAGGAAGAAGAGAGAGGUUGGGUUUGAAAAUGGCCAAUGAGGCUGCCGCCAAAAACCGGGCAAAGAAGCAAGAAGCAUUGCGAAAGGUCACAGAAAACCUGGCAAGUCUCACCCCAAAAGGCCUGAGCCCAGCAUUGACCCCUGCCCUUCAGAGGCUUGUAAACCGCACCUCCAGCAAAUACACAGACAAAGCUCUAAGGGCAAGCUACACACCAUCACCCACACACAGAGGAGCAGGCUCCAAGACCCCCCUGGGUGGUCCAGCCACUCCCUCAGGCACUCCGACACCAAGCAAAGCUAGGACCCCCGCCUCCCAGGACCCAGCAUCCAUCACAGACGACUUACUACAGCUUCCCAAGAGGAGGAAAGCAUCUGACUUCUUCUGACUGGAGUAAAGCAAAACUGAGAGAGAACGGUUAUCUUGAGGAAGUGAACUCUUACAUGUUUAAAGCAAGUUGUCAUCAAGCAAAUUACCGGCCAUGUUUCUCUCUAACCCACCUCAGGCCCUCCCCCUGGAUUUUAUGGACUUGCCUUUUAUGGCUGGAACAGUCUGUGCACAAUGAAGGGCCGAGUCAUAAUACCAACUCUGAAUUCAAGGAUAAUUGGAAAACUCAGGUUAUUACUGUUUUUUUAGGGUGUUGGACAGAAAUGCAUAGUAUGUACUGUGUUAGAAACCUUCCAAGACUGGAUAACUUACAAUAUGUGGGAUCCAAAGAGAUGAUAUAAUUGUACAUAGCCUAGGCUGAUGUUAUUUUAAUCUUGGUGAAUGUUACGAGGCUUUGUUGAUUUUUGUUGUUGUUUGUUAAUAUGUUCAAAUGUAAGCCUCUAUUGUAUGUCUUUUUCUGCAAUCUAAUCUUUCAGUCCUCAACCUAAAAAUUGCCUUGUUGUAAAUCCCAAAUGUUGACACUCACCUUUGUCAUAGCAGACUCGACAUCUAAAAAUGUAACGAAGUCUCUAUGGUUCAUCUUGACAAAUAUGUAUGUUCCAUUGAUUAUGAACUAUUCAACUGGAAUAAAUCCAGGACUUCAACAUCA